UUUUUUGUUGUUCUUUUUGAGUUAGUUAGUGUUAGUGUUGGUGUUAGUGUUGGAAAUUUUUAUCGUCGAGGAACAGCGAUCCUGCUGAUUAUGUUGCGCAGGAUCCGAGGCUUCUUUUCCAGGAGGAGCAGUCGGGUGGCCCCCCUGGAUGCCCCAGGGGAGCCCGCAGCCUCCAAGCCAGCUGCCUGCCCCUGUUGGUUGUGCAUCUGUGGGAGGAAGAACCGGGUGGCCCCUGCUCCCACCGUGCUGCCUCCCUCGCUGCCGCCAGUUGGGGAGAGCAGCGAGCCCGGGCCGUCAGCGCCCCCCGUACAGGAUGCUGGAGCUUCCACCCCCUGCCAUCUCAUUCACGCCAGGCUGCAGAGGGUACAUCAAGCCAGAACGCUGAAAGAAGGAGGAGGAGGGAAGGAGCGGAGGGGCAGGAUCACUUUCCUGAUGGCCCUGAUCCAGGCCUGCCAGGAAGCCAUCCGGAGGGGGGAGCAGCGCCUUCCGUUUUUGAAAGGACUGGCCGCCCAGGCCGUGCUGGAGGAGAUGGCCUACAUCUGGGAGGACCCCGUGCCCCACCACCUCUUCUCCCUCUGCACAGAGGCCAUUGCCUCCUUAAGUGGAAUGAAGCCCUGCUUGGGAGCAAAAACAGAACAAAAGCUCAUCUCAGAGUCAAUCUUCUGGAUGAGCCACAUGAUUGGAGGAGAGCCGGAGGAAGACCGAGAAAGCCCAUUUCUGCCCCCGGAGAGGUCCAUGAGGAGGAUGCUGCAAGCAAUGCUCGCUGAAAAGCCCACCCUGACCCACCUCAUCAGGAUUACUGAGGCAGAGCAGAUCAAGCCACUCCUGCCACUGGGCAUUCGCAGGGUGGGCCGAACAACAUCCAGGGCCAAGGGCGAUGGGAGCCAUUCCUCCGAUGAAGCUUCCUCUGAAGACCUGAAGGAGAAUUGCCUGAACUACGCAGUACCUGUGGCUGUCCUGGGCGUCUCGUCCUCCCUGCUGCUUCUCCUGAGCUUUCUGUGGUCUCAACUCUGUCCUUCCGGGCCAGGAUUCCAGCCCAGAGUCUUCGAAAUAACUUCUUCAGAGAUGCCAGAGGACGGAAUUUGCUACAGUGAGCUGGAUUUUCCUUCAAGAACUUGGGACGUGGACAGGAAGAGAGCAGCAGCACAAAAGAAACUUUGAACAGUCUGUGAUGAGCUGGUGCUCUUCCGUGAAAAGAGAGGUUAGGGGUUCUGAUCUGGGAAGUGGUGCCUUAUUCCCAAGCAACUCCAUGAGUCGUUCCACGCACAAUGCCACUUCCCAGCCUCAAGUCUUCAGUCUGCCAUAGUGAAAUCUUUUUAGACUUUAAGGCAGGAGGAACCAUUUUGUCUUUUUGUUUCUGAGGUCAAGUCACCAAAGUUCACUUCAGGAACUUUCCCCCUUGAAAAGCAGAGUGGACAGGUGCUACAGGAAUGACAAAUGUACAGACAAAGGUCAGCCUCAGACCAAGGUCAGCCUCCUUUAGCAGCCCCUGCUGACUGAGCCAAGGGCGCCUUCUCAAAAUGGCAGCUCUCUUGUAUAUAGCAGGGGGAGAGCAACUGUUCCCUUUCAGCCCAGCAUAGCUUCCUUCCUGGUGACUGUUGCUGGUGUCUCCCUGGGGUUUCUUUUUAGACUGUGAGCCCCUUUGGGGCAGGGAACCAUUUUCUCAUCCCCUUUUUUUUUAAAGUUAACCAUUUUGAGACAUUUUUUGUUGCUGAAAAGCAGUAUAUAAAUAUUUCUAAUAAUAAAACAAUAAUUAAAGUGACUCGCCUUUCAAA